AAGAAAAAAGAAAAAGAAAAAAGAAAAGCUUCCAAAGAAGUAGUUGUAGUUUACAAGAAAUCCUCCAAUGGUUCGAAGACAUAACCAAAUCAAAACCUUUUUCCUUUAACUCACAAUAACAAUCUUAUACUUCAAUCCAAGUUCUUGUUCACCUAAACAUCUAAGCCCCGUCUUUUUAUUUUUUUAUUUUUUUAUUUUGUUAUUUUUUAAACUCUUCUUUUAAUUACACCCCAAAUAAAUCCAUCAAUAAUUACUCUCUAACUCUCAUUUUUCCUCUUAAAAAAUCAUGCUCCCUGCAAAUAAAUCACUCCCUAUAUUUCUAAUCUUGAUAUUUCUUUCAACAAAAGUAAAUUCAGUACAAUUUGAAGUGUUAUCGGGUCACACAAAAUGCAUAGCUGAAGAUAUAAAGAGUCAUUCUAUGACUGUUGGAAAGUAUCAUAUUGUUAAUCCCAAUGAAGGACACCCUUUACCUGAUACUCAUAAAGUCACUGUUAGGGUGACAUCUACGUAUGGGAAUACCUAUCACUAUUCGGACAAUGUUCCUGAGGGGCAUUUUGCUUUUGAGACAGCAGAAGCUGGGGAUUAUAUGGCUUGCUUCUAUGCUGCUGAUCACAAGCCCCCUAUUCCUUUCACUAUCGAUUUUAACUGGAAGAGUGGUGUAGCUGCUAAGGAUUGGACCAAUGUUGCCAAGAAAGGCUCUGUUGAUCUAAUGGAAUUAGAACUGAAGAAGAUGUAUGAACACGUCCAAGACAUCCAUGAUGAGAUGUUUUAUCUACGUGAAAGGGAGGAAGAAAUGCAAGAACUGAACAGAUCAACCAACUCCAAAAUGGCUUGGUUGACUGGACUGUCAAUCUUUGUUUGCUUAUCUGUAGCAGGAUUGCAGUUGUGGCAUUUGAAAACCUUUUUCGAAAAGAAGAAGCUAAUUUAAUGUUAUUCCUGAUAUUUUCACUACUCUUAUGUUCGGGUAGAAUUUUUAUAGACAACACAAUAGUAGAAGGAAAGUUGUGUUUCAUGUACAAUUUGAUAGACAAUUAUAUUCUGAAAUGUAAGUGUUACUGUCAGAGCUCUGUUUCUGAUUGUUCCCU